AUGAAGUACAGAGCCCUGCGGGCACAACGCUUGGCCGCCCUGAACGCGGUCCUGUGGGAUGAGGAGGCGGGUGCCUGGUUCGACUACGACCUUGAGAACAAGAAGAAGAACGGGGAGUUUUACCCAUCCAACCUCACUCCACUCUGGGCCGGGUGUUUCUCUGACCCUGGAAUGGCGGACAAGGCUCUGAAAUACCUGGAGGACAGCCGGAUCCUGAUCUACCAAUAUGUCCCAGAAUUGGAUCCGAACCAACUUUGAUGUCUAUUUGCAAAAGUCAGUCAUGU